UAGCACCAUGUCCGUGGCCAUGAUCACAACGUUUCUCUGCGUUUUGUCGCUGGCGUCUGUGUUCCAGACACUUGCUGCAAAUCCCGACGAAGUGAAGAACCUUCCCGGACUGAAGUCGGACUUGAAAUUCGCGCAAUAUUCCGGCUAUGUGAACGCCACUGGGAGCAAAAAGCUGCACUACUGGUUUGUGGAAUCUCAGGGAGACCCCAAGACGGACCCCGUGAUUCUGUGGCUGAACGGAGGACCAGGAUGCAGCUCUCUGGAUGGGUAUCUGUCAGAAAAUGGACCCUAUCAUGUGAACGACGAUGGGAGCACGUUAUACGAGAACCCGUUCAGUUGGAACAAAGUCGCCAAUGUCGUGUACCUGGAGUCACCUGCUGGUGUUGGAUUCUCCUACUCAAUGGACAAGAACUAUUCCACCAACGACGAUCAGGUUGCCUUGGAUAACUUUGCUGCUGUUCAGAGUUUCUUUGUGAAGUUCCCCCAGUUUCUUGCCAAUGAUUUCUACAUUGUCGGCGAGAGUUACGGUGGCUACUAUGUUCCAACACUGGCCGUCAACAUCAUGAAAGCCAACACUACCAUUAAGUUCAAGGGUUUUGGGAUAGGGAACGGGCUUUCCAGUCGUGAGAUGAAUGCCAACUCUGCCGUGUACUAUGGCUACUACCAUGGCCUCUACGGAGACGAUAUCUGGAAAUCACUGAACAAAUACUGCUGCUCAUCGAAUGACGAUGGAUGCCAGUUUGCCGGCAAUGAGGACACCAACUGUCAAGAAGCGGUAAGCCAAGCCAUGCACUUUAUCUACGACAUCGGGCUGAACGAGUACGCGCUGUACCGUGACUGCGCGGGAGGUCUGCCCCCUCACUUCGCUCGGUGGAGGAUGGCCGUCAGCCACCUGUUUAAGGCCUACGGGUUGCCUCUGCCGGCUCCACCCAAACCUCAGGUGAAUGGAUCCAGGAUGCUCACAGCCACCAACAAAGUUGGGAUCAUUCCGCCGUGUAUCAACGCCACUGCGCAGACUGCAUGGUUGAACAGACCAGAUGUUAGGACAGCCCUGCACAUCCCUGACUUUGUGCAGCAAUGGGCACUGUGCAGCGAGGAGGUUGGAGCCCAGUACAAGUCACUUUACUCCACCAUGCGUGACCAGUACCUGGCCCUGCUGCCGAAGUACCGAGCCCUGGUGUACAACGGAGACACCGACAUGGCCUGUAACUUCCUGGGAGACCAGUGGUUCGUGGAGUCCUUACAACAACCGGUUGUAGCUGCUAGGAAACCUUGGACCUACGCUAACCAAGUAGCAGGGUUUAUCAAGCAGUUUCAGAACCUGACCUUCCUGACUGUCAAGGGUGCAGGCCACAUGGUUCCACAGUGGGCGCCCGGUCAGGCCCUGUCGAUGAUCACCAACUUUCUACACAACAGCUUCUGAAGACGCUGUAGAGUCACACAUUUCCUUUAAUGAGAUUGGAUCAUUCUGUGCACUGAUCUUUAUUUUUAGUUUUUAGGGACUUACCUUUAGUAGUUGGAGAGGAAAGUCCAUGGUUGAAACAACUAUAGUACUGCCCAGGUUGUGGGAAGGGCUAGCAACCCCUCCAUGUAAAAAAUAUACCCUGCUACUGAAACAUCAAGGAAAUUUGCAACUCUAUUUGCCACUAGGCACUACAUGUACUAGGAUCUGAAUGUAAAAAUGAAUAUGAAUAAAUGUGAACUAAAUAGACGCAAUAUGAUGUACAUAUCUAUGCAAUUGAUAUUAUCAUUGAUUGAAUUAUGAAUUGUAAAGAUUUGAUGGUCAGAAAUGCAUAUUUAUAUCAUGUGAUUGAAGUCAAAGCUAAUAGUAUAGGUGGUAUAACUGCCCCUCAGUGUAACACCAGCUCCAAACAACCAACCAUGACCCAGAAAGGACAACAUGUACAUGCAAGUAAAGAUUGGCAAUAAACAAUACCAGGUAGAAAUUAAGA